AUGGAUGCCACGAAUAUACAGCGACGCGACGCGCUCAAAGUCGACAUUGAUCAACGCUUUCAGGGUGUUGUUAGUGACCGCGCUUACAACCACUUGAGGGAAGUGGUGAGAAACCACGAAGAUCACCCUUUCCAGGUGCCGAGUCGACUGCUUGAUCUACAUGCAGACCAAGCUAGGGACAGACGGCGCCUCAUGGGGCUGAUCAGGGCGACUAUUCGAGCCAAGUAUGAACACUUCGAACUUGAACUCCGCCAUAUUGUUGUCAUAAUGAUGGUGGACCGUGAAGCUCUUGGGCCUACAGGACCACUAUCAUAUGGUAAAGACCCUGAUCUACUACUGAAGGGUCUGAAUACUGUUUAUGGUUUUCAACGGCACUUUAUGCAACAAAAGGCGCCCAAAGAAAAUCAGUCGGACGACAGUCAGGACAUAGUUGAGCAGUACAAAACAUUCUCCACUGUCAGAAAGACACGCAGCGACAAGGAAAAGAAGGCCUGCAAGAAGCGCGAUGGACAGAAGUGCAUGGUAACAGAGACGGCUCAUCCACAUGCUUGCCACAUCGUUCCGUUUGCCUUCAAUUCCUCCGAGGCCAAUACUGAGAAGACCAAAACCUACAUCGACGCCAUCACGUCAAUGUUUGGAAAGAACUUUUACCGACACUGGGGAAAUAUACUCGCCGACCCUAGCACCACGGGAAGAGGUGCCUCUGACAAAGUCUGGAACAUGCUCUGUCUUAGUCCUCAGUUGCACGACUGGUGGGGGAGAGGCUACUUUGCGUUCAAGCUCAUGUCAUCUGAAACGAAGGGUGACGAGGCCGCGGUUGUGCUACAGUUUCACUGGAUGCCCAAGACUACCUUCAAGUACAAUUCUCGAGCAAAUAUCGACGUGCAUUGGGCUGCUAUUGAAUCUGCGCUUCGAGCACACCAUAACGCCGACCGUACCACUUCCUUGUUCCCUCGAGACCUUCCUGGGGUGGUGCAGGCCUUUCUCCGUUCUGGGGAACGACUUGCAACGGGGCAUUUAUUUCUCGUCAAGAUGGCGACAGACGAGUUGGAUGGUUUCGAAGCAAUGAUUACGUUGCAAUGGGCUGCCAUUCAGAUGCUAGCUAUCUGUGGGGGUGCAGGCGACCCUGAAUUGCUUGGGCAGGACGAUGACGACGAUACCAUGGCUGGUGCGUUGGUCAGUAGCUUCAAUGCUUCCGUCCAGUCACACAGUAGAGCACCGUCACACGCUUCUACUACCGUAGAGUUGAGAGAGCAGUUAGCUGCCCUCACAAUCUAG